ACCUGGCUCCACAGACUCACUCAGUAAUCCUCUGACUCCGACUGUGACAGCUGCUGCUGCUCCUCCUGUCAUCCACUCUCUGCUGGGCUGUACGAUAUCUCUGCACAUUACAAAGACUUUGUGCGUUUGAUAGUGUCGCCAGACUGUCUAAUAAACUGACUACUAUCUCCGGUGAACUUAUUAUUAACCGGUAACAACACAACGGAGCCAGCUGACGGAAACACUGAGCUAACGUUAGCUUAGCCCGGCUGUCUGACUGCCCUUUGUCUCUAGCUGGCUUUGUUUCUCCUCUCUGGGGUUCAGCUGACGACAGGCUUUUUGGGCAAUUUUACUAUUUUUUUUCUGCCUUUGACAAGAGCAAACCAAGAUAGGAGGCUUGGGAACCAAGAUGUCGAACCGAGUGGUGUGCAGAGAAGCAAGUCACGCCGGGAGCUGGUACUCUGCUUCGGGAUCCCAGCUGAACGCACAACUAGAAGGCUGGCUGUCCAAAGCAGAGUCUACGAUCAGACCUGCUAGAGCCAUUAUAGCGCCGCAUGCAGGGUAUACCUAUUGUGGUGCUUGUGCAGCACAUGCCUACAAGCAGGUUGAUCCCUCUGUUACUCGUAGGGUGUUCAUCCUGGGACCUUCACACCAUGUGCCCCUCUCCCGCUGUGCCCUGUCACCUGCAGAGAUCUAUAGAACACCUCUCUAUGACCUGAGAAUCGACCAUAAGGUUUAUGCUGACCUCUGGAAAACUGGGUUGUUUGAGCGGAUGAGUCUGCAGACAGAUGAAGAUGAGCACAGUAUUGAAAUGCACUUGCCUUACACUGCUAAAGCCAUGGAGAGCCACAAAGACGAGUUUAGCAUCGUCCCUGUGCUCGUGGGAGCCCUGAGUGAGUCCAAGGAACAGGAAUAUGGGAAGCUGCUCAGCAAGUACCUGGCAGACCCAUCCAACCUUUUCAUUAUCUCAUCCGACUUCUGCCACUGGGGUCAACGGUUCCGCUACACAUACUAUGAUGAAUCUCAAGGGGAGAUCUACAGGUCUAUCGAGCAUCUUGAUAAAACGGGGAUGGGCAUUAUAGAACAGCUGGAUCCCAUGUCUUUCACCAACUACCUGAAGAAGUACCGCAACACCAUCUGUGGGCGUCACCCGAUUGGAGUGCUUCUAAAUGCUGUGGCUGAGCUGAGGAAGUCUGGUUUAGAAAUGAACUUCACUUUCCUGAACUACGCCCAAUCAAGCGAGUGCAGGAACUGGCAGGACAGCUCCGUGAGUUACGCUGCCGGCGCUCUCAUCGCUCAUUGAGGUCGACUCUCGCAGGGGCCUCUGCAGCGCCGCCGCCCUGCCCUUACUAUCUAUCGCCAUAACCUGACCCAGACACCCUCCCUCUCGCCCCACACCUAGUUACGCCCACUAUUUGCAGGAAGGACCUAGACACUCAAAAGCCAAUACAGUCUUCUUUCUCUGUCUCUCCCUUAGCUCUCCUCCGCCUUUCUCCACCCUCCUCUCAGUUUGAAGUGUGUCUCAGAGCUUUUGGUUGAAAUAUUUUUGCUUGAAGUGCAGUUUUGAGAUGAUGGAGGUGCAAAUGGUUAGAGGAGAUAGGAAUAGAGCGUAUUACGUUGGCUCGGAGUAAGCGUUGGGAGGGGGAAAUCUCAUUAGGGUUUAAUCCCAAUUUGUUUUCCUGACAAAACGAUGGAUUUGACUUGUAAUAAUGCAAUCUUUACAUUUGGGCUCUUGGCGAUCUGUGCUCAUGUAAGUUGUCUCAGAAAAAGGAAUGAAAAUAAAAUUGCAAAUCUUAAGAGCAUAUUGAAAUUUUGCAAGAUGAAAAAUGAAAUGAGUGUUUUGACUGACUGCUUCAAGCUACUUAAACUUUGAAAACCGUGUCAUAGGUAAUUACUACCAUUGCUCAACAUAUGUUGUAGUUGCUAACAAAGGGCUGCACCCAACAAAGUUCACUAACCCCCUACUGUACAAACCAAAAACAUUAUUACUCUUAGUUUAUGAAAUAUUAUCUUUUAUUCAUAUUUUAUUCCUUUUAUUUCUCCCUUUUUUUUUUGUAGUUUUAUUAGACGUGAUGGUAUUUACUCAAGUAGUGUUUAGAUUUGAACAAAAGCAGUGUUGUCGGCUAAGCUCUGAAGCCAUCAACAUGGUUUGCCCAAUAAAUUAGUGUGUGCAACCCUGCUCCCAGAUUUUCAAUUAUAUACCUGUAGCAUUAGAGAUAUGUUUUGCGGGGGCCAGACUCCAGUACAGAAAUGUAAUCAAAGCUGGAUAUUGUGUAAAUUACUCCAACACUGACACCUCUAGUCUUUGUUUACACUGCCACCUUGAAUCUCUGUAGUUAUUGAAUUGUCAGGAGAUUCGAGGGAUGAUUUCCUUUUUUGCUAGACUUGUUAAAAAAAUGUCUUUUGUUACACAUUCAGUUCUGUAAGAGCAGCAAAGCUUUUGUUUUGGCCUGAUCAAAGUGGUAAAGGCCUACAUGAUCUGCUUACAUUGUUGAAAAUGUUAUUAGAUCUGUUCACUAGGUAGUAAUUUACAACUCUUUGUGUUAAUAUGUUUUGAUUUAAGAAUGCCAAAAGUUAUUAGGAAGAUAUAAGUCAUCCUUAUUUAAAAGUUUGCUUUCCAGUUCUGUUGCUUCUGAGUGUAUGAGAAUUCAUUUCAAAAGUACUCUCGAGGCAGUAGGAGUAUCAAUUAGACAUGGUUACAGUAGCUAAAACAAGUAGUAGAUGGCCUGAGUUUUAAGAUCAGCACAAAGUCAUAAAGCUUUGAUUUAAAGAUCUACCCAGAAAAGUGACAGAUGUUGCUCCCUGCUGUAUUUUGGAAUCUAUUAAAUGAAUAUUUACUUUAUGAAAUAUCAAGCACGAGGAUUAUUAACAAAAGAAAAUGUUUCUUUUUCAAAAUAAUAUGCUAUGUAGUCCUGCUGCCUGAAACACUCUGAGUGUUUUCAUAGAUUAACAAACUGCAUACAAAAGCUGAACGAAACCUGAUGAUUCAUAGUGGCAGUAUAGACUUUUAAUGACAAUAUGAAAUAGGCAGCACACAUUGUCUGCUGUCCUGUCAUUUGAUAUUUGACUGAUUAGUCUUUUACCGAUGCAGUCGUCUAACGUUGGUCCGUCCCUCUCAGCACCAUAAGAGGCGUCGAGCAUUAAGCUACAAUAUCUGGUUGAACCAAGCGGGCACAGACUGAAAGAUGAAUCCUCAGACUCACUUGACCUCUGAUGCUAAUUUAAGGGAAACUAGUAAAGCAUGACACACUGUGCUAUUGUGCCUUUUAUCACUGUUGCACAUAUACAUAUAAAGUGUAUUCUCACUUUUAGUCUUAUUUUAGAAUGUGUACUUUCAGUUUUUGUUUUUUCCACAUGUACCCCCCGACCUUGCCUAGUGCCCAACAAUGUGUCCAGCUCACCCAGCACUCCAGCAGUGUUUCGCUUGUCCCCCCCUCAUCAUCUGUUGGUCUAAAAUGGCACCAACUGUUAUCUCCUUUCUCCAGCAGGGAGUGGUGUUCUCUUUUCUCCACCUCACCUCAUUCCUGUAGAGAGACAAAGGCUGAACCUCAACACUGUUUGUUUUCUGUUUAUGGAUCUUUGUUUGUCUUUUUAGAAAUGUUUUUUUGUUUUUCUUGCUUAGAGAAUGGGAACUUACACGUCACAAACCUAAAAUAUACUACUUAACUACUCCCUGAAUGGAGUUUUUUUGAUCUCAGGUUCCACUGACAAAGCAUCCCAAAAGGCUCUUCAGAUAAGGCUGUGGAUUCAUGUUACAAAACAAGUAAAAUGGGCUGAAAAGCA